CACUACUCUGCUUUUUUUUUUGGUUGAAUGGAAGUGCUCGCGCGCUUGCAACAGCUGUUGAAUAGAAGCGCUCGCUCGCAAUAGCACUACUUGCACUCGCAAUAGCACUACUCUGCGUUUUUUUUUUGGUUAAAUGGAAGCGCUCGCAAUAGCAAUACUAUUGUUUUUUUUGGUUGAAUGGAAGGCCAACACUUACAUAAGAAUAAAUUUUUCGACAACGACAUCGUUGUUGACUAGUCUGAUUGCCCCUCUGCGAACAGGAACCAAGAACCAACCUACCUCUCUCAUACACACAGACAGAUAUAAAGUGGUACUUUCUUAUACGUAUACUACACUAACACACGCAUAGAUAUAUAUAUAUAUAUAUAUAUAUAUAUAUAUAUAUUUGUGGAUUCGAAAAUGGGGAAUUCGAGAAAAGAAGCCGUACCAGCGUCUACCCAAGUUUCUGCACUCAAUUGUGUCGAUCUAUCUUGCCCCGACAUCCAAACUUCUGUUUCUUUACUCAAACAGGCUUGCUUGGAUUCUGGGUUUUUCUACGUAAUUAAUCAUGGAAUCAACCAGGAACUUAUGGAUGAGGUCUUUGUCCAAAGCAAAAAGUUCUUCAAUCUACCAAUAAGUGAGAAAAUGAAGCUUCUUAGGAAUGAAAAACAUCGAGGCUACACUCCUGUUCUAGAUGAACAUUUGGAUCCUGAUAAUCAAAUAAACGGAGAUUACAAGGAGGGAUACUAUAUUGGUGUUGAAGUACCCGAAGAUGAUAUUGACGCACACAAGCCAUUCUAUGGGCCAAAUGUGUGGCCUACCACAGAUAUCUUGCAUGGGUGGAGGCAAACUAUGGAGAAAUAUCAUCAAGAGGCACUUGGGGUGGUAAAAGCAGUUGCAAGGAUCAUAGCUCUUGCACUUGAAAUAGAGGUUGACUAUUUUGAUAGGCAAGAAAUUCUUGGCAAGCCUAUUGCAACCCUCCGCCUGCUACAUUAUGAAGGUCAAAUUUCUGAUCCUGUGAAGGGAAUAUAUGGAGCGGGUGCACAUUCUGAUUUUGGUUUGAUUACCCUCUUGGCAACAGAUGACGUCCCUGGUCUCCAAAUAUGCAAGGAUAAAGAUGCUAAACCUCAGAUAUGGGAAUAUGUUGCACCAUUUAAAGGAGCAUUUAUAGUAAAUGUUGGUGACAUGCUGGAGCGCUGGAGCAACUGCCUUUUCAGGUCCACAUUGCAUCGGGUAUUGGGGAAUGGUCAAGAGAGAUAUUCUAUUGCUUACUUUGUGGAGCCUGGUCAUGAUUGUCUUGUUGAAUGUUUGCCGACCUGCCAGUCAAAGGAGAACCCUCCCAAACAAGACCAGUGCUACAUAAUGACUUUCACCUCUUCUCUGUCAGAUUCCCUCCAAUCAAAUCUGAAACAUACAUGCUCCAGCGUUACAAGGAUACUCAUGCUGAUCUGGGUAGAUACCAAAAACACCAAAUUUAGUUGGUAAGUAUUUUGGACUUGUUGCUUCAGAACAGAAUGUAAGCAUGGAGUUAGCUGCCUUCUGCUAGGGUUUCUACAAAGAUUAAAUGUUCUAGUGGAAUAUUUGGCAGAUCUAAGAAAGUGUGUGUUAAACACCAAGAUCCUUUUUUUUUUUUUUUUUUUUUUGCUUACAAACGUGUAAUCGCACAUUUAUUAAGGUUGAACACAUGCAUAUAUAAUGUUUACAUACUUCAGUUACUUCUAAA